AUGAUUGAAUGUUUGCAUAUAAUUGAUUAUGGAUGUUUGAGUAGGAUUUUACGAGUUGAUGUGCUGACUGUUGCAUUUGAACCGCCAGCCUGUGAGAUGAACGUCCACAAGAAGUGCGAGCCGAACGUGCCGAAGAUGUGCGGCAUCGACCACACGGAGAGGAGAGGCAGGAUCUACCUGAAGGUCUACAAUGAUAACGGAAUGCUGGUCGUCGUCAUCACUGAAGCGAAGAACUUGAUCCCAAUGGACCCAAACGGACUGGCGGAUCCAUUUGUCAAGUUAAAGUUGAUUCCUGCAGACGAGGUGAAGUUCAAGCAGAAGACGAAGACCAUCAAAGCCAGUCUGAACCCCAAGUGGAACGAGACUUUCCAGUUUUUACUUCAGCCGGAAGAUUAUUCGAAGCGGCUGUCCCUGGAGGUUUGGGAUUGGGAUCGAACCACUCGAAACGAUUUUAUGGGGGCUCUCUCUUUCGGCAUCUCCGAAGUGACAAGCGUUGGCUUCGAAGGAUGGUUCCGGUUGCUGAAACAAGAGGAAGGCGAGUAUUACAACGUGCCGUGCCUCGACAACGUGGCUGCUCUCUCCACUUCCUUGUCGUCAUCGUCAUUUUCCCAUAGCGCCAGUGAAUGUAAGAAGCGGAAGGACCACUCGCCGCGCAGCUCAGCGACCUCUGUCCAGCCUGACCCGAUCAGAUUGACAGACUUCAACCUCAUGAAGGUUCUUGGGAAGGGAAGUUAUGGCAAAGUGGUGCUUGCAGAACGCAAAGGCACAACAGAAACAUACGCCAUAAAAAUUUUGAAGAAGGAAGUGGUCGUGCAAGAUGAUGACGUGCCAGCUGUCAUGGCGGAGAAGAAGAUUCUCUCGCUGCCAGAUAUGUGUCCGUUCAUUGUUCUCAUGCAUAGUUGUUUUCAAACCACGGAUCGGUUGUACUUCGUGAUGGAGUUUGUGGGAGGAGGUGAUCUCAUGUUCAGGAUCCAACAGGAAGGAUUGUUUAAGGAACCUGUGGCUGUGUUUUACUCAGCGGAGAUAUCCUUGGCCUUAUUAUAUCUACACAGCAAGGGCAUCGUCUACAGGGAUCUCAAACUGGACAACACCAUGUUAGACGGCGAUGGGCACGUCAAGUUGACUGACUUCGGUCUCAGUAAAGACUGCAUGCCCGGCUUGAAAACCACCAAAACUUUUUGCGGCACACCUGAUUACAUGGCUCCCGAGAUUGUGAUGGGGAAGGAGUACAACAGAGCAGUCGAUUGGUGGGCGCUUGGUGUCAUCAUCUUCGAAAUGCUGGCUGGAAUACCCCCUUUUGAAGCACCUAACGAAGAAGAUUUAUUCAAAUGCAUCAGUCAGAGCACUGUCAACUAUCCAAAGUUCCUUAGCAAGGAAGCAGUUGCUAUUUGCAAAGCCUUUCUAACAAAAGCUCCUAACGCGCGACUGGGAUCCAGUUUAAACGAAGAGAAAGAGAUCAAAGUUCAUUCUUUUUUCCGGCUUGUUGAUUGGCUCAAACUGGCCAACAGACAGGUCCAACCCCCGUACAGACCAAAAAUUGUGGGUUGUGGUUGA